GUGAUUGGUGCAUCGCAUGCUGGCAUGCCCCAGGAGACACAUCCGCCAGCCAAUCAGCAGAUCAGUCCUCACCCAGUGAAGCCCCUGACCCCAGAGGAGAAGAGGCGAGCGGAACUUUCUGAGGGGCGGUCGGUGCUGGACAAACUCAAGUCCUCUAUCCACCCGGGGAGGAGCAGCCAGCCCACCGAGCAGCAGCCUGAGAAGAAAAAGUCUCUGACGGAGGGAGCUGGGCCUUACUACCACCUGACCCACAGUGAGCUGGUCGCCCUCCUCCUCCAACGGGAGGCAGACCUACCGGCAGAGGGUGGAGUUUGACCACCAGAGGGCGUUGCUAGCGAAGCGGGAGGCGGAGUUGAAGAAGAUGAAGCCUCAGGUUAGGGAUCUGGAGGACUACAUAGACACGCUGCUGGUUCGCAUUAUGGAGCAGACUCCCACCAUCCUGCAGGUCGGCACCAAGCUCAAGUGACCGAGAGAGGGACUGAUGGAAUGGGGGUAACUAGCACCUAGGCUUGUGACAUUCCCAGGUUUUCUAUAAAUCCUGGUUGGAAGAUUCCCGGAAUCCGGAGGGAAUAAGCAGGGGAUCCAGGAAUACUCUAACUGGGAUUUCUGGGAAAACCUGAGAAUUUUGUUUGCCGCAAUUUUGCAACCCUGCUUGCACCUCGUUACUCUGA